AUGAAAACCUCCUUCGCCGCCCUCGCAUCCUUUGCGACGCUCACCAGUGCCGCCCGCCUGCUCCUCCAAAUCCCCAACACGGCCCUGGUAAACCCCGCCACCCUGCCCUCUACGACGCACGCAACCCUACAGUCUUCGGGUCCGCCCCUCGAUGCUUACCUCACGCGCUCCAACACAUUCAAUUUCAACAACAUUAGCGUAGGGAGCUACCUUGCUACGAUCCACUGCCGCGAUUAUGCUUUUGAGCCGCUGAGGAUUGAUGUCGCAUUGGAGGAGGCAGUAGAGGGCAGCGGAGAGAUGAAGGAGGUCAUCAAGGCCUGGCAAACCUUCCUGGGCAACGAAUGGGACAACAAGGGAGAGAUUCGGGGAGAAGGUGGAAACGGGCUUGUGAUUGAGGCCCGACCAGUGGGCCCCAAAUACUUUUACCAGGAAAGACAGGGCUUCUCGCCACUGUCGUUCCUGAAGAACCCCAUGAUCAUCAUGGCUGUUGUGUCCAUGGGUCUCAUAUUCGGCAUGCCUAAACUCAUGGAGAACAUGGACCCGGAGAUGAAGGAGGAAUUCGAGGAAAUGCAGAAGAACGGCGUCUUGGGCUCCGGCACUACCAACACCGCCCAGCAGCUACAGAACUUCGACCUGGCCUCGUGGAUGGCUGGCAAGACGGACUCGGGAAGCGCAAGCGCAACUACACAGAGCUCUGCUGGACAAGCCAAGAAACGAUAGAUUACAGGUGCUUCGAGCACAUGGCUCUGCCUGCAGCCACGUGCUGAGCUCCUCGGAGACAGUGUGCUGGGGUACACAGAAGUCUGGACAGAUAAUAUACCCUGUUCC